CACCAAACCUCACCGCAGACACAUACGCGCAGUCUCAAUCACAUCACGCACCACAACGUCUUCAAAAAUCCUCUCAAUAGUCUAAAAACUCCGUCAACAUGCCUAAGGCCGCAGCUAAGAAGGGUGGUAAGGUCGAGAAGGGUCGCAAGGGCAAGAAGGAUCCCAACGCUCCCAAGCGCGGUCUCUCCGCCUACAUGUUCUUUGCCAAUGAGCAGCGUGAGAACGUUCGCGAGGAGAACCCCGGCAUCAAGUUCGGCGAGGUCGGUCGCAUUCUGGGUGAGCGCUGGAAGGCUCUCAACGACAAGCAGCGCGCCCCCUACGAGGCCAAGGCUGCCGCUGAUAAGAAGAGAUAUGAAGAUGAGAAGGCUGCCUACAACAGCUAACGAGUUCAAUUCGUCUAGGCUGAGGAGUCUGAGUAAGGUUGAUGUUGCGUUUGCGACACUUUCUUCAUCUACAUUUUCUUUCUCUUUGGUAGUCGGUACGGUGUUUGCGGCUGGUAGGGAAGGAUAUUGAUUUGCUCUGAUGAACCAAUGGGGCCAGGCUGGGGCGAAAUCACGCACCUGGCCAAAUGUAUAGUAGCACAACGAACUAUGAGCCUUCCUUGAAGACGUUUCGAUCUUUUCCAUGCCAUUCAUUUUUUGUAGCUACAGUCGUAAGUGCACUUAGAUGACAUU